AUGGCACAGCGUGUCCUCAUCUUCGCUCUGUCGGCCGUAUAUUGCGCACGUGCCGCCUUCGUUGCACCUGCACCUCUAGCAUAUGGACCAGCGCCAGUAGCCGUCGUUCCGGGCGCCCAGCCUUACAGUUUCGGUUACGACACCCGUGAUGAGUUCGGAACUCGACAAACUCGAAGCGAAGUUUCCAACGCGGCUGGUGCCAAAAUAGGAUCUUACGGCUACACCGAUCCGCAUGGCAUCUACCGUCAGGUAAAUUAUAUCGCCGACGGAGCGGGUUUCCGAGCGUCGAUCUCCACGAAUGAGCCUGGAACCUCAGCCAGUGCUACGGGAUCGGCACUCUACAACGCACCUACCACCUACGUGGCUCCGAGGCCCGUCGCACCGAUUGCUCCCCUAGCCGUAGCUCCGGCUCCUCUAGCUCUUGCUCCAGCUCCUCUGGCUGCAGCUCCGGCGCCGUACUUGGCCCCGCACCAGGUGCACUAUCAUGGCUGA